CACUCUUAUCGUUCACAUUCAGUUUCACUGAGACUUUGGUGCACUUCACAUCGUAAAACCCGGAUACUCUCUGCAUAGAAAAGUAUAUUAUAGUCUAGCUUUUGAGGGAAAAUUGAGUGUGUGGCGUGUGUGAGUGUGAAAAGCUCCCAAACAUUUUUCAUUCUCUCUCGACAAUUUAUUCGGAGUGAGAUUUAUCGAGCAAAAGUGACGAAUUGUGGGAAAUUAAGGUGGUGUUAGCGCACAUCCCCCCGCUUCCCCCUAAAAGCUAAUUAAUUGCAUCCGGAUUUGUCGGGAAAUUUCAUUUUAAUGAUCUUCCCAAAUUGAGUGAAUUCCACAUUAAGAGUUGUGGUUUCCAGAAUUUUACGAGAAGUCAUUCCACCAAAAAGAGAAAAGUCACCAACCAUGGAGAGCACUCAAUCGAAUCACAAUACAAAAAUAUCAGAUUCAGCAUAUUCAAAUAGCUGCAGCAAUAGCCAAUCGCAGAGAAGCGGAAGUUCAAAAUCCCGCCAUAGUGGAAGCAAUUCCUCAGGGAGUAGUGGUUACGGCGGGAAACCUUCAACACAAGCCAGCAGCGAUGUUACAUCACAGCAGGUGCCAAAGCGCACGAAGGAUAAAGAACGCAAGAAGAAGAAGCUCAAGAGCAAUUUGCAGGCUCUUACAAUGAUUGCCGAUGCUACAGAUGCUGCUGUUGCAUCAUGUUCCGAAAUUAAGAAUGAUGGACAGUGCAGUAGCACGGAAAAUAUCCUUGGGGAACAGAGGGAGGCAAAGGAUGACUCCAUGGUGGGCACAACGACUACAAAGCAGAGCACUUCUGCAUGUCAGGAUAUUUCCAUUCCUGCUGUGCCCGUGUGUGAUGAAGAACUCGAUCAUGGGAAGCAGGUUGCAGAGGGAGUAGCAGAAACGACCGUUGCAUCAGGCGACAAUGUUGCCAAAUCCGAUAAGAAUGCGAUGGAUGAUGGUUUUUGCUGCGUUAUCUCCAUGCAUGAUGGGGUUGUUCUCUUCACAACACCCAGCAUUACGGAUAGUUUGGGUUUUCCACGAGAUAUGUGGCUCGGAAGGUCCUUUAUUGAUUUUGUCCACCCCAAGGAUCGAGCUACAUUUGCUAGUCAAAUCACAUCGGGAGUUGCAGUUCCGUUCUCCGAAACCAAAGGAGGACAGCACAAGGAUAACCGGAAUUCCCUCUUUGUUAUGCUAAGGAGGUAUCGUGGUCUGAGGACUGCUGGGUAUGGUGUUACGGCUAAAGCCGUUAGCUAUGAACCCUACAAGUUGGUACUGAGUUUCCGGGAGGCUCCUGAAGAGCCACGUCCGGAAAAUUCUGAGAACGUCCCACCAAAUGGAACCACCAUGCUUCUUGUAAUUUGUGCAACACCCGUUAGGAGUAUUUAUAAAAAUCCUGAUGAGAUUAUGUGCCAUAGAAGUCCAAAAUUCAGCACAAGGCAUACAGCAGCAGGAAUCCUUUCACACGUUGAAGGAAGUUCAGUUGGAGCAUUUGGGUACUUGCCACAGGAUAUGAUCGGGAGGUCCAUUAUGGAUUUCUACCAUCCGGAGGAUUUUUCCUAUCUCCGAGAAGUCUAUGAGACAGUAAUGAGAGUUGGGAAAACAGCAGGAGCAUCCUUUUGUAGCAAACCCUACAGAUUUCUAGCUCACAAUGGCUUCUACAUCACUCUCGAAACUGAAUGGACAAGCUUCGUUAAUCCCUGGUCGAGACAACUGGAAUUUGUUAUUGGACAUCAUCGUGUACUACGAGGACCAUCGAAUCCUCAAGUCUUUGCAUCCACGUUGGUUAAUCAACAAUUUUCCGAAGAUGUCCUAAAUGAUGCGAAGAUAAAUCAGGAGAAGAUUCUAUGUUUGCUAACGGAACCAGUUUCAAAGGACAUUGAUACAGUGAAGCAGCAAGUUUCAAAAAGAUGCCUUGCACUGGCUUCCUUCAUGGAAACCUUGAUGGAUGAAGUAACACGACCAGAUCUGAAGUUAGAUUUGCCCCAAGAGACGGAACUAACUAUAUCUGAGCGGGAUUCAGUGAUGCUGGGAGAGAUUUCGCCACAUCAUGAUUACUACGACAGCAAGAGUUCAUCUGAAACUCCACCGAGUUACAACCAACUCAACUACAAUGAGAACCUUCAGCGUUUCUUUGAGAGCAAGCCCAUAACCAUAGGACCGGACGAAGCAAUGAAGGUUGAGCACACUGAACCCGAAUCAACGGGUGAUCCACAGAAUAGCCUGAGUCCAGUUCAGUGCUUUGGGAGCGGUAGUGGGUCAGCGGGAAACUUGAGUUCAGGCAGCAACAUCCAGAUGGACAGCAUGACGAGUAAUACAGGAACGGGAACAUCAUCCGGUAGCUACCAACCACCAGCCCUCACGGAAUCCCUCCUGAGUAAGCAUAACGACGACAUGGAGAAGAUGAUGCUGAAGAAGCAUCGGGAAUCCCGAACAGGAGGCCGUAGUGGGGAAAAACUAAAGAAGAGCUCAGAUAAAAAUCAACAAAUGCACCAACAACAGCAGCAGGAACAUUCUUUUGGGUAUGGUGUCAAGAGAAGUGGUUCCCAUUCUUGGGAAGGUGUUGAAGCGUACCGCAUGAGUAAGUUGCAGCAUCUCAGCGACAGCCACAAGGAUCUAGCAACUGGACAUGGUGAAAACAGUGGAACAUCGAUGCAGAAACCAAUGAUCACAGUUGAAUCUCUCGACGGAGUGGGGACGUCUUUUGGCACGCAGUCCUGCAUUCGGAAUGUUGAUCUCUGGCCGCCCUUUUCCGUCAGUCUCACCACUAUCCCAAAUACAACAGCACGCAAUCAUUUCGCAACACCAUCAGGGAUUUUUCCCACUGUCUACUACAUCCCGGCAACGCAGAAGAGCAACCCACCGACGGAGCAUCCAGGACCACCGAAUCCUCAGGCACCGUAUGCCUUUCAGUACAUGGCAAGCGUCGUCUAUCCACAUCCGUCACUCUUUGGGCAACAAUUCGUCUAUCCGCAUCCACCAAUGAUGUACCAACCGUUGCAGUUUCAGUCAGUUUCACCGUCCGUUGCUGUUUCUGAUCACCAUCCAGCAUCAAGCAACAACCAAGUUAAUGAUUUAAAAGGAGCACUGUCUCAGCACAAAGCUAAUGCAGUCGGUCGUGGUUCACAGGGACAUGGACCAUUCCAGAGACCAUCGUCGCAGGCGACGUCUGUAAAGGCGGAACCGGGUUCCAAUAUGGGUAGCAUUGCAUCUGCAUCGGUUGUUAUUCGUGAUCUGUCUGAAUCAUCCAAGAAGGAGAUUGCUGAUUCACCCAUUACAUCUCUCCCGGAUGCUGAUAUAAAUGUUGACUCCAAGAGUCAGUUGGAAGACGUCAACAAGUUGAAGGAUAUGAGCAACGGUAGCGAUGACUCCUCCAUGUCGAGCUUCUAUUCGUCUUUCUUGAAGACAGACGCAAGCAGUGGUGAUGACCGCAACGAUGGGUACCGCACGAAGGAAUCUGAGGUAUUCUCUGUAUCUUUUCGCCCUUCAGGCGUACAGAGUAUCGAGAAUGACCAUUUUUACGAUCAUACUCAGGACAUGCAGUGGGAUAAGUGUCGCAAACCAUGGAGACGCCCCGAACCACCGUGGCUUGACAAUGUGUCCGUAACUCCGGAUCUCGUUUAUCGGUACCAGGUGACGGCCAAAGCAAUUCCCGAUGUUCUCCAGGCAGAUCUCAGUGCUCUGAAGCUCAUUCAUCAACCUGUCAUGGUUAACGAUCAACUGGAUCAGCUCUAUCUUGAUCUCGAACUUGAAGGACUUUCGGCAAAACUUUCGCUGGGCGAAACAACCUCAAGCAGCAGCAGUGGGGAAGAAGAGAACACGGACAAGAAGCGCAAAAAGGAUCGUUACGGGAAAUUAAUGAUGAUUUAUGAAGAAAAUGCCCCAUUUCCACCACCCAUUGAACAAACCCAAUGAGAUUGCAGCAUUGAGUAAAAAAAAAGAAAGAAAAGCUCUCUUCCCCCAUUUCCACGGAAAUGGUUUCCAAUUUUAUACAUCUCCCCUCUUUAAAUUAAUUACUAAUUAAGUCUGAGUGGAUGUUAAUUAUGUAGUUGUAGUUAUUGUUUUUUUUAUUAUUUGAAAAAAGGUUUUUCCGCGCACAGGGAGAGACUUAAUUGCAUGGAUGAUUUAUAAUGUAAUUCAUGAGAUGGAUUUCUAAAAGAAAAAAAAACGAGUGGUGCUGUUCUACAGGGAUGUCUGUGUGUGUACUUAAUGUUUAAAAAGCUUAUAUUUAAUGUAUAUUGAAUUUAUUUAUAUAACGUGUCUCACAUUUUCAAUAUUUCUGGAAAAUAUUGAAAACUUUCUAUACUAAUUUUUACUUUAUUUUUAUUCUUCAAUUUUCGAAGCCUUUCCCAUUUGAAUGGACUUACAAAGCUCGCGAUGCAACCUACCUUCGUUAUGUUUGAACGUUGUAUUUUGAAAGUAUUCUAAAUGGCUUCGUUUGAAAAUUGGUGGACGUUUUUAUUUAAAAUUAUUGUGGAAAUAAAAAAAUAAAUAAAUAUAUUUUUAAAAAUCUUUAUUCGAAA